AUGCCCCAGAACGUGGUUCUUCCGGGCCCCGCGCCCUGGGGCUUCAGACUCUCGGGGGGCAUAGACUUCAACCAGCCUUUGGUCAUCACCAGGAUUACUCCAGGAAGCAAGGCGGCAGCUGCCCACCUGUGUCCGGGAGAUGUCAUCCUGGCUAUUGAUGGCUUUGGUACAGAGUCCAUGACUCACGCGGAUGCACAGGACAGGAUUAAAGCAGCAGGCCACCAGCUGUGCCUCAAAAUUGACAGGGCAGAAACUCGCUUAUGGUCUCCACAGGUAUCUGAAGAUGGGAAGGCUCAUCCUUUCAAAAUCAACUUGGAAUCAGAACCACAGGAUGGGAACUACUUUGAACACAAGCACAAUAUUCGGCCCAAACCUUUCAUAAUCCCAGGCCGAAGCAGUGGAUGCAGUACUCCGUCCGGUAUUGACGGUGGCAGUGGACGUAGCACCCCUUCUUCUGUCAGUACUCUUAGUACUAUUUGCCCAGGUGACUUGAAAGUUGCUGCUAAGAUGGCCCCUAACAUUCCUUUGGAAAUGGAACUUCCCGGUGUGAAGAUUGUACAUGCUCAGUUUAAUACACCUAUGCAGUUGUACUCAGAUGACAAUAUUAUGGAAACACUUCAGGGUCAGGUUUCAACAGCUCUAGGGGAAACACCCAUAAUGAGUGAACCCGUAGCCUCUGUGCCCCCCGAGUCAGAUGUGUACCGGAUGCUCCAUGACAAUCGGAAUGAACCUACUCAGCCUCGCCAGUCGGGCUCCUUCAGAGUGCUCCAGGAAUUAGUGAAUGACGGCCCUGAUGACCGUCCGGCUGGAACUCGGAGUGUGAGAGCUCCGGUUACAAAAGUCCAUGGUGGCCCUGGCAGCACACAGAAGAUGCCACUCUGUGACAAAUGUGGGAGUGGCAUCGUCGGUGCUGUUGUGAAGGCGCGGGAUAAGUACCGACAUCCGGAGUGCUUUGUGUGUGCCGACUGCAACCUCAACCUCAAACAGAAGGGCUACUUCUUCGUGGAGGGCGAGCUGUACUGCGAAACGCAUGCAAGAGCUCGCAUGCGGCCCCCAGAGGGCUACGACACAGUUACUCUUUAUCCCAAAGCUUAAUUGAGUCUUACGCAGACCAGAGCACGCAAGCCCUCACGCGCACUUAACGCAGGAAGACAUCAAUGGCUUUGGGCAGAAGUAUAGCCAACUGUCGACUCCAAAUCUAAAACCAAGGCUUUUAGACGUUUAUCUUAUUGUUACUGAAGAAAAGGAGUGGGAGACAAAUGCCUGCUAUAAACGUAUGUGUAAACAUACAGUAGCUACGUUUUGCAGCUCUUUUUCUCUCUGGGGCUAGCAGUAACUGACACUUAAAGCAAUAAUUUUUUUUGUAUGUCCUACUCCACAAUUUACAUAUGUAUUAUGACAUCAAGAUACUUGGGGAAGUCUAAUUAUUUUUCCUUAACAAGCUGUUUUUGCAAUUGUAGUAAAUACCAAAUGACAAUCUUGUAUUCUAACACAAUUUGCAGUUGUCUGUUACUGUUUUAAAUUAUAGUGCAUGUCAGAAAGAAAUUCCCUAGAUUUCUCGUUUCAUAUUCAAUUAUACCACCAGAUGCAACAUACAUAAUAAAUACAUAAAAUAUUUUUAAAA